AUGAGUUCUAGAGCAUCACAAAGACCAACUUCAUCAUCGAGUACCAGAGCUGCAACCAACACAAAGACUCACAGCAGCAUCGAGUACAAAAACAGCUCCGAAACAAAUGUCAACAUCGACUACUGGAGCAGCAGGUGGACCAACAUUUGCACGGACUACCAAUGCAGCGCUAAAACAAACACCAACGUCAAGUACCGGAGCGACACAGAGACCGACACUAGCAUCGAGUACAAGAGCAGAACUAAAACGAACGUCAGUGUCAACGACUGGAACAACACCCGAACCCACGUCAGCAUCAAUAUCAGCACCAAGCGGAUCUUCGGAAGCGUUGCCUGCACGGGGGCUGAUGUAACCGUCCAUCCACCCCUGGGAGGUAAAUGGACUGUCAAUGAUGAAGAAGGAAACCCGUGUAUGAAGAUGUCCCUCUCUGCGGCGUUAGAAGUCCUUCACGGAGAUAAGCCUACACAAUACAAUGUUGACCAGUCGUUUGCUGCAACUGGCAUAUGCGCGAAGCCAUUUCGCCAGUUCACGCUGACGUCUCCAGAUCCUACAAGAACCACCUUAAAGGAGCUACAGCUGACUUUUCUCUUCGAUUACACUCGUGCCAUUUAUACGUUGUCCCAAAUCAUGGCAGUCUGGUUCGACACAAUUCAUAGAGAGGAUUGGGAGAAAGAUUUAAAACAGGGCGAUAACCUCCUGAACAAUGCAGUCGAGCAAAGCAAGUCCUAUCAAUGCAACCUUGAAUUGCGAUUUGACCUGGAGGGAGGGUAUGGCAGGGUGUUCCUGUGGAAUAUUGAACUGGUACCCUUCGUAGAAGACUUCCACUCGCAAGCUCAGGAGUGUAGUGGUGUGACCAAAACAGUUAAGCAGUGUGGAUGUUCAGCGGUGUUCAACAAGCAGUAG